AUGGCAGCUGUACAAGGACCUAUUAUUCCCGAUCUGCAAGCCCCAUUGGGGGGCACCAAGUAUUCACCUCCAGUGGACGUUGCGGCUCAUGUCAAAGAUACACCAAGCACGACCAUUCAGAGUGUAAAAGAUGAUACCACCGAGUAUCCUGCCGCAAACCCGACGUUUGAACUGGAAGAUCACCCCAUCGACGUGGUGAGGCCCAUCAAGGUUGGCAUCAUCGGAGCUGGACUCUCUGGUGUCACUGCAGGUGCUCUCCUUCCUGCAAAAUUACCAGGCCUUGAUCUACGCAUCUACGAUAAAAAUGCAGACGUGGGCGGUACUUGGUUUGAAAACACAUAUCCCGGUGUCAGAUGCGACAUUCCGGCCCAUGCCUACCAAUCCGGUUUCUCGCCCAAUACUCAAUGGACAGAGGAGUUUGCCCAGGGUGCUGAAAUCCGAGACUAUUGGCAAAGCGUCGCGAAGAAAUACGACGUAUACAAGUAUUUGCGCCAAAAGCAACGAGUGGAAAAGGUAGAGUGGCUUCCAGAAGAUGGCAAGUGGAAAGUCACUCUGGAAGAUUUGAAUUCAAACCAGGUUUAUGAAGAGAGGUUAGACAUUGUGAUCAACGCCACCGGUCAUUUCAAUGCCUGGAAGCUUCCAGACUAUGAGGGCAUCGAUCAGUACAAAGGAGUGCUCUUCCACUCGUCGAAUUGGCAGCACGACGUUGAUCUUCAAGGAAAACGAGUCGCCUUGAUCGGCAACGGCGCCUCGGGGUUGCAGGUUCUUCCUUCAAUCCAGCCUCUGGCCCAGCAUGUAGAUCAUUAUGCCCGCAACCGAACCUGGGUUGCUGACUCCUUUGGCACCACCGGAGUCCGUCGAUUGGAGCCGAACAUCAUUCCUCAAGAACAGCGGGACUCAUUCCAGGACCCCGAGGUUUAUAGGCAGUAUCGAAAGGGGGUCGAAAAGGGUUAUUUCCAACGGUUUGGAGCUAUCUUCAAGGAUUCUCCAGAGAACCAAGCCUUGCGGGAUCAAUGGACGGAGCUGAUGUUGAAACGAGUAUCUGAUCAACCGGACCUAAAGGACAAGAUCAUUCCCGACUUUCCUCCCAACUGCCGUCGUCCCACACCAGGGCCGGGGUAUUUAGAGGCCUUGACCAAGGAGAACGUCAGCUAUAUCCAGACACCCAUCCAGCGGUUUACAGAGACGGGGAUCAUUACCCAGGAUGGCAUAGAAAGAGAAGUGGACGUGGUUAUCUGCUCGACGGGUGCCAAUGUAGACCAUGCACCCCCAUUCUCCGUCAUCGCAGACGGUCUUGACCUCCGGUAUGCCUGGAAGGCAGAUGGUUCGAUUGGAUUCCCCUACACCUAUCUCGGGGUGGGAGUACCCGGGUUCCCCAAUCUUCUUUGGCUGGGAGGUCCAUAUUCCAGUGGCCAUAGCGGGACCGUGCCAAACAGCAUUGAGAACCAAGUCACCUAUAUCGCCAAAAUUCUGCGCAAGGUCCGCAGCCAAGGAAUCAAAACCAUUGUCCCAUCUCGACAAGCGACCAAUGACUUUGUCGAGUAUUGCGACAGGUUCUAUCCCCGGACGGUGUGGACCGCCAACGACGACUCGACGCCGGGCAAGAAGAACUGUCGGUCGUGGUAUAACGGCGGGAAGCCGGGAGGUCGAGUGCACGGGUUAUUCCCUGGGAGUGCGUCGCAUGUCAACUAUAUUCGACGAGAUCCACGAUGGGAGGAUUUUGAAUAUACGUACGUCAACCCCAGUGGCAAUCGGUUUGCAUUUUUUGGCAAUGGGUGGACGACGAGGGAGUUGAGUGAAGAUGCCGAAUUGACGCCUCAUCUGAAGCUGCCCGAGGAGAUUGAUUUGAAAUCAUACAUGGAGGGCUGGUGGGAUGUCUGA